UCAACUUGUCACUUGGAAAAUAUGUGAGUUUGUGUCAUAAUUUCAAAAUUCAAAUGUCAUUUCUCAAGGGAUUCUAUGGAGAACAAUUCCCGCAAAAGCAGUCAAAUUUCUGAGAACAUUUCUGAAAAAUUGGUCAAAAUUCAUGAAGGCGUCAAUGAAACAGUUCAAGAGAAAAUAUUUGAUAACGGUGUAUUGAAUCUAACUGAAGAUGUCUUUGGAUAUUAUUGGGAUAAAAAUGGUGUGGAACACGCAAUAAAGAGGUUCACCUGGAGAAACAAAAACAAAAUUACCAUACAAGUAAUAAAUUAUGGUGCUAGAAUAACUUCUAUCAAAUUGCCAGACAGAAAAGGAGAAGUUGAAGAUAUCGUUUUAGGAUUUGAUGACCUGCCCGGAUACAUUUAUCACAAAAACUUUUAUUUUGGUGCAACCAUUGGAAGAACUACCAACUUGAUCAGGAACAGCUCGUUCAACUUGAAUAACAAAAAAUACCCUUUGACGGAAAACCAUCCUGACGGUCACCACAAACAUGGUGGUAAACAUGGUUUAGAUCAAGUGGUCUGGAAUACCUACGUUGAAAAUUCAGAAGUGAUAAUGAGUUACGUGAGUCCAAAUAUGAGUGAAGGGUAUCCGGGAGACCUCUACAUACGAAUUACUUUCGAAUUGUCAGUCAGAAAUGAGUUCAAAAUCCAAAUUGAAGCUUCGACUACAGAACCGACCAUUGUGAAUCUGUCGAAUUUGACUUACUUCAAUUUAGCCGGACACCAAGCUGGACCAGAGGAAAUUUACAAACAUAUUCUCACUAUGAAUUGCAAUUGUUUCACACCUCAAGUCAACGAUUUGACAACCGGUGAAAUCUCCAAUGUGAUUCACAGCCAAUAUGAUUUCCAGAUACCAAAGAUAUUGGGAAAAAUCAUAGGAAUUGUACCUAAAGAUGUUUCAGGUUUCAAUCAGAAUCUGUGUAUAAACCGGGGAAUGAACCAAGAAGAGUGUUUCGUUGGCAGAGUUCUCCAUCCCCCAAGCGGCAGGAUGCUGGAAAUCUACAGCAACCAGUACGGGGUCAAUAUAAGCACAGCCAACGAGUUCGGUUCUGGAAUUUUAAAGUCAAUGCAAGAAAUAUACGAGGAGCAGUCUAUCGAAGAAAAUACCAGUGAAACUACUUUGAAACUCUUGAACGACAUUCAUCAAAGGAUGUCGGGUAACUUGAAAAUAGAUGAAACAAAUGAUUUCAAAGAACUCAAGAAUGUUAUUUUGAAAAUUCGAAAUAUGGAAAAGAAAAGUCCUAUAAUCAAAACUCCCAGUAAUACUCCAGUUCAAUUCACAGAAUCGAGCACGAAAGUUGCAGACUUUGUGUUCACGUCUCUGCAGAUUUCUUACUUGAAAAAUAUCUUGGAGGUUAUCGGACGAAAUGAGUUUGUGGAAGAUUGUGAUUGGUUGAAAUCGACAAUAGAUAAAAUUCUCAAAUAUGGUAUUAUUCGAGAUGGAGCGAUCCAAUCCAAUUUUUCCCGGGAAUCUAAAGGGGGCGUUUCGUCAAGCAAAACACAUUCUUUUUCUCCAAAGAAAUCCAUCAACGAGAACAAAAUUCCUUUGUACUACAAAAACACCAAUCAAGUCGUCGGGAAAGAGAGGAAAAUUUAUAGGAUGCAUGGAGGAAUUGCUAUUCAGACGCAAAACUAUCCGGGAUGUGAAAGUUUCAAAAGUUUUCCAACUUGCGUUCUCAAUCCAAAUGAAAAUUACAAGCAUACAAUAACUUAUAAGUUCUGGAUAAGAGCUGGGAAUCCUAACAGAUGGGUCAAACGGAAUAUGACGGCAGCUGAACUCAGAAAUCAAAAAGAAACACUUCGAUAGGGAUUUUCCUGUUCAGAUUUCUCUGUGCUUCAUUUGACUUGUAUGUUUUUCUUCCCGAAAUUUUCUGCAGUUGAAAUGAAAUUAUAUUUUAUAUUCACAAACAAA